CUCUUUGCGCCCUCUCUUGAUCUUUCCUCUUCAUACCGGUCGCUCAAGGGUUCUGCGGUGCUUGAAUUGAGGAAAGGCGGUCUGCCAUUGCUUCUGCGACCCUCCUAACUCUGAGAAACCACUCCAUUCCACCUGUUUUCGCUUUUCCGGGCGUGAUCUGAGUUCCCCGCGAUGGAGUCCGAGGCUUUUGAGGAUAUGCAAAAAGGUGGUGGCAGCCUUCGUGCUGUCAAGGACUUGACGGCCGGUGCUGCUGGCGGCAUCGCUCAGGUGCUCAUUGGACAACCGUUCGAUAUCGUCAAGGUCCGCCUGCAGACAACCACGCAGUACUCCAGUGCGCUGGACUGCGCCACGAAGAUCCUGAAGAACGAAGGCCCCACGGCCUUCUACAAGGGCACCCUGACCCCGCUGAUCGGUAUCGGAGCCUGCGUCAGCGUGCAAUUCGGCGCCUUCCACGAAGCCCGGCGACGCCUGGAGGCGCUUAACAAGAAGAAAUACGCGGACCCCACCCUCUCCUACACGCAGUACUACCUCGCCGGCGGCUUCGCGGGCAUCACCAAUUCUUUCCUGUCCGGCCCCAUCGAGCACAUCCGUAUCCGGCUGCAGACGCAGCCGCACGGCGCCAACCGGCUGUACAACGGGCCCAUCGACUGCAUCCGCAAGCUGUGCAACCAGGGUGGCGUGCUCAAGGGUCUCUACCGCGGGCAGAACGUGACGUAUCUGCGUGAGAUCCAGGCCUACGGCACCUGGUUCCUGGCGUUCGAGUACCUCAUGAAUCAGGACGCCAAGCGCAACAACGUCAAGCGCGAGGAGAUCUCCAGCCUCAAGGUCGCCACCUACGGCGGUCUCGCCGGUGAGGUCCUCUGGCUGAGCAGCUACCCCUUCGACGUCGUCAAGAGUAAGAUGCAGUGCGAUGGCUUCGGCGCGAACCAGCAGUUCCGGAGCAUGACCGACUGCUUCAGGAAGACCUACGCCGCUGAAGGCCUGGCGGGCUUCUGGAAGGGGAUUGGGCCGACCUUGUUGAGGGCGAUGCCGGUCUCGGCGGGUACUUUUGCUGUUGUCGAGCUUACGAUGAGGGCUUUGGGUUGAGGUAGUGCAGGUUAAAUCAAACAGAAAAAUCCAAUUCAGAAAGAAAAAACAAAACAAAACAUACAACCAAUACCCUGCAUCUUUACUAUCUUAUCUUUUCCUGAUAUCCAACCAGAGUACUUUAUUCAACAGCACAAGGGACGGGGCAACUGGCAUUCUAGACUGGAGCUUUGGAAGUGAAGUGAUAUAUAGAGCCUCAUGGAUAUUCGCCACGUUGAAUAGAUUUCCUUACACCGGCAAUUCCAAUUCGACACAAGCUGAAUCUCCG